GACCCAUGUUAUGAUUAUCAAAACUUGAGUGAUGCUAAUAGAAAGAGCAGUUCCGUUACACCGGUAUCUGGACCAGUGUUGUGUGAGAACCAACUCACCGGGGAAUGGUAUCGUUUUGUGGGAGCUGCAGGAACAAUAAUGCCUACAUCUCGUGUGCCAGCAAACAGAUGUGGCACAGACUGGUCAGGCUGGUUGGAUGGUAUUCAUCUUACUGUAGAAGAUGGUAAUGUCAACAGGAAUGUCUGCUUUAAUGAUCGCUCUACUGGUUGCAAAUACUCAAAAACUAUUGUUGUAAAAAACUGUGGAUCCUACUUCAUCUACAAACUUCAACAGCCACCUUGUAACUCACGCUACUGCGGUGCGGACUAA